AUGGUGCUUGCUGCAAAGCAGAAUUUGUAUUCUGUUCUCGGUGUAAAGCGCAACGCCAGCGCUGACGAAAUAAAAAAGGCUUACCGGAAGCUGUCAAUGAAGUACCAUCCUGAUAAGAAUAAGGAACCCAAUGCUGAAGCAAAGUUCAAGGAAAUAUCCUUUGCGUAUGAAGUACUGAACAACGCGGAGAAACGUCAGGUCUAUGACGAAUAUGGGGAAGAGGGACUCGAAAGGCUUCAGUCCGGCAUGCAACAAGCAUCACAUCCAUUUGGAGAUAUCUUCUCCGACUUCUUCGGCGGUGGAUUUGGAGGGAGAACUCGAGAGACUCCCAAAGCACCGCCGUCAACCGUGCGGCUCAAUGUGUCGCUGGAGCAGCUGUAUAAAGGGGAGACGCUUGACAUUUCGUUCGCUAGGCCAGUUAUGUGCAUGCAUGCUGACGACUGCUUUACAAAGAAACCAGACUGCAAGGGACCCGGCCUUCGAGUGAUCACGCAGCAAAUGGGCCCCGGUUUCAUUGUGCAGAAUCAAAUUCAAGAUGACACGUGCGUCGACCAAGGGAAAGCCUGGAGGCCACGGUGCAAGGAGUGCCCGAAUGGCAUUACGGAACCUGAAACGGCGCAACUGUCGGCCACCAUUGAACCAGGAAUGCGUGAAGGAGAUGAAAUUGUUUUUGACGGCGUGGGAGAACACAAGAUGGGCCACGAGCCGGGUGACUUGGUUUUAGUCAUACAUGAACUCCCUCAUAAACGUAGAUUUUCAUAG